AUGGCAGAGUCUCUACAGUUUAGAAAUUGUAUGUGUCUGCUAGCCUUUUAUCUCUUUUCUUUAAUCACUGUCCAAAGGGUUGAGGGCCUUGAGGCAAAAAAUCACUUUCUCGAAUGGGAGGUCAAGCAUGCCUAUAAGUCUCCCGAUUGCUUCAAGAAGCUAGCUAUAACAAUCAAUGGGAAAUCUCCAGGGCCUACCAUCUAUGCACAACAAGGGGAUACAGUCGUUGUUAAUCUUACCAACAGUUUGCCUACCGAGAAUGUUGCACUCCAUUGGCAUGGAAUCCGACAGAUUGGAACACCUUGGAGUGAUGGAACUGAAGGGGUGACUCAAUGUCCAAUCAUGCCAGGAGAUAACUUCACAUACACGUUUGUAGUUGAUAGAGCGGGAACAUAUCUAUACCAUGCGCAUUAUGGACUGCAAAUAUCAGCAGGGCUGUAUGGAUUCAUUAUUGUUUCAGUACCUGAUAGAGUUCGUGAGCCCUUUGUGUAUCAGCAAGAUGAAAGUAUCAUUCUUAAAGACUGGUACCAUAAUAGCACUUACGAGCAAGCCACGGGCUUAUCUUCCAUACCCUUCAGUUGGGUUGAAGAGCCACAGUCACUUUUGAUAAAUGGAAGAGGAAGGUUCAACUGCUCUCUCCUCAAUGAAAGUCCAACCUCAGAUUCGAACAUUUGUAAUGAAAGAAAUCCAGAAUGUUAUGAUCGCUAUAGUUUAAACGUACAUUACGGAGAAGCUUUUAGACUGAGGAUUGGCAGCUUGACUUCUCUAUCAGCUUUGAGUUUCGAAAUUGAAGGCCAUAAUAUGACUGUUGUUGAAGCCGAUGGGAACUAUGUUGAGCCAUUCGAAACAAAAAAUCUAUACAUAAAUUCUGGUGAGACAUACUCAGUGUUAGUAAAAGCCGACCAAGAUUCUUCAAGAAACUAUUGGAUCACUACAAACGUGGUUAGCCGGGAACCCUCAACCCCAACCGGUCUGGCCAUCUUCAAUUACUAUCCAAACCCUCCCGAUAAAGACCCUCCAACGGUUCCAACCACAGGCCCUCUCUGGAACGACACGGCUUCACAAUUGGCUCAGAGUCGUGCCAUCAAAGCCCACCAUGACUUUGUACACAAACCGCCUCUCAUAUCAGAUAGGGUGAUUGUGCUUCUGAGCACACAAAAUUUGAUUGAUGGUUAUUACCGUUGGUCUUUGAAUAACAGAUCUCUUGUCCUUCCCCACACGCCCUACCUCAUUGCACUAAAAGAAAAUUUCACCGAUGCCUUUGAUCAAAACCCACCUCCGGAUAGUUAUGACAUUCAUAAUUAUGAUAUAUUUAGUGCUCCCGGUCCCGACAAUGUAAAUGCCACAUCUAGCAAUGCCAUUUAUAGGAUAAGUUUCAAUACCACAGUGGAUAUUAUACUGCAAAAUGCAAACACCAUGACCCCGAAUCAUAGCGAGACACAUCCUUGGCAUAUGCACGGCCAUGAUUUCUGGGUUUUAGGUUAUGGAAUGAAUAAGUUUGAUAAGGAAAAAGAUCCAGCAACAUACAACCUCAAAGAUCCAAUCAUGAAGAAUACGGUGCCUUUAUAUCCAUACGGAUGGACUGCUUUGAGGUUUCAGGCAGAUAAUCCUGGCGUCUGGAUAUUUCAUUGCCAUAUUGAGCCUCACUUGUUCAUGGGCAUGGGAAUUGUGUUUGAAGCUGGGGUAGAGAUGGUGGGAACGUUGCCCACAUCUAUUAUGGGAUGUGGUGAAACUAAACGCUUGAUCAGGCCUUAGAUUAUUCUCCUAUAUAUAUGGUGUUUAUAUUUUCCUUAUUAGAUUAUUCUCCGUAUAUGUGUGAUUGUAAUCAAAUCCUUGUGAUUUUAUUAUCUUAUUUAUGUUGUAUUCACCUACCACA